AUGGAGCAAGAAUCAGCAGUCGACAUUGUGAAGGAGCUAAAGCUAGCUAUCCACGAACAAGGAUCUUCCAUCGAAAAGUCCUUGGAAAAGUCUUUGGAUGAACUCAGAAGGGUUGAUCACUGGAACAAUGAAAAGGAGCGCCUUGUUGUUAUCACUGACAACUCUCUCUUGGUCUUCAAGUACGACUUUAUUAUGCUUCGCUGUGAGCAGAUCCAGAGGAUCCAGCUGAAUUACAUCGACCGCAUCUCUCAUGGUUCCUUCAGUUUCCCAAAGCGCUCCUUGGCAAAAAGAGACGGAGAGGGGGUGCGUGUCUUCUGGGACCGGCUAAGAGAACCCUCCUUUGUCUCCAAAUGGAACCCAUUUGCCACCGACUUCCCUUUUAUAACAUUCACUCACCAUCCUGUAGGGAACAUCAAUGACAGCUUUGCUGCUCUCUGUGAUAUCCAGAAAUUUGCAGAGCAGCUUAAAGAUGCAGCACUGAAAGCCCACACCCUAAAGCCAGUUCCUGGGAAAGCCAACGGGGUCCUGGUCCUUCAGCAGCCGAUCUACAUCGAGGCCUACGUGGGCGCCAUGUCUUUCCUUGGAAACCAGAAUAAACUGGGAUACUGCAUGGCUCGAGGAAGUGUUGGCUUUUAGACUCUUUACUGCCAGAAUUCAAAUACUUUAGUUCCUUGUGUGUGUUGAGUUUUUUCCAUCUUGAAUUUGUUUUGUUUGUUCACAGAAACAUUGACCAAAGAUUUUUUUGUCCAGGUUUAAUUUUGCUUUACAAGAUGUUUGCGGUCUAAACAUGUGUUGCCUCCUCCUCUUCGUUUACUGGUCUGUGGUGUCUGUGGACUCAGAAAUAUCCACAUUUCAACACCGCUCUUCACCGGUUGAUGGAUGCACUGCUGGUUCCAAGCAGCUUUUUUACUCAUUGCUCCUCAGUGAUACGGUAAUUCAACUCUUCUGCAAUGAGUCCUCUUGUCUUCCACCCCCGCCCGGUAUUUCUGUUAAAAGCUCAUUCUCAUGCUGUUCAGCCACUUAAAGAUUCACUGGAGCAUAGAGGCACAUUUGUCAGCUUCGUUUUUAUCUUUGUGAUUUUUUUUGUGUUUUUUUUUUUUUUUACAGUAGUGGUGGAAUUUGUCCCUGAUAUGAUUGUUUCCUGCAUGGCACGCUGCCAUUUUUCAUUUUAUUUAUUUAUUUAUUUUAUGCAACACAUUGAUUUUGUAUGCCUAUAACUACAAAAAAAAAAAAAAACACACACUUUUCCUACCUUUUUUCCUAAUGAUGUUCUAGGGUUUUCUGUUGUAAGUAAAUUAAUUUUAAUAUAUAAAUACAAUUCUGUUCUGGUCAAUUGUUUCUAUUUCUGUGGCUGCUCGUGGCUCAAAUCAUGUUUAGCUUCAAACUACAGCAAGCAUUCAUCUAUCUCCUGCAUAAGAACAGCUGAUAAAUCUGUUUUUCAGUGAAAAUAACUAAACAAACUCCGGUCGUUUAAAAGAAGAAGGACUCAGCCAAUCUGAAACUGCAUUUGUACUCUACUCUGUUACUUUAGUACCGGUACUUCUUUCUCUAAUGAUACUACAGUUUAAACAUGUAUUUUUGAUGGUUUACAUGUACUAAAACAACUAAAUACAUUGUUUUCUGCACAUCAGCCGAAUGUUAGCAGAAGUGCUGUGAUAAGGUAAAGACAAAAAGGUGAAUGUUUCAUAAAGUUACUAUAUUGAAAUAAAUUACUUUACAAAAGCA